AUCAAUCAGCAAAAAUAAUUUUACUGCAACUAGUUAACUCGUAGAUGCCAUAUUUGAGAAUUUUCUUGCCUCUUCAAGAAAUAAAUUACAAGUAUUAUGACAACGAAGGAGUUGGGAUUUUGGAUCGAUUCAAACGUUUCUGUAAGCUUUAUCGGUUUAUGUAAUAAGAGGUAAAACAUUGCGAAUUUCGAGAUAGCAAUCAAUAAAAUGAUAAUAUCCUGAUGCUAAAAAAUCAACGUUGUCGAGUCACAUAUGUUUCUGUGAACGUCUGAUAAAUGAGAUUUGAUAUUAUUCUUCAAAAAUAUUACUUGUGAUUUGUGAUAUGAUUGUCGCUGCGCUAAGGUAAAAUAUGAUUCCCAUGAGAGGAUGUUGGCAAAUAAAGUGUAUUGCACGAAUAACAAAGUCACUCAAUCACAGUUUAAGAAGUUGUGGAAAAGAUGAUGCCUACACUUACAAUAAGAUACAUACAUCUUCUGUUUGUAAUAUCAUAAGCCGCCAGGAUCAUAAAAAUGAGCAAUGGAAAUCAAAGCAUCGACAAAAAGAAGUAUUACUGGUAGAUUUUCACAGAAAAACAGGUGUGUUUUAUCAAGUUAAUAAAAAUUCUAGUAUAGCAGCAAAAAUCGUUGAAAAUUCUCCUUCCAAGGUCAAGCCAUACAUGAGACUUAUGAGAAUAGAUAGGCCCAUUGGGUCUUGGUUGUUGUUUUGGCCAUGUGGCUGGAGCAUAGCCAUGGCUGCUCCUGCUGGAGCACUUCCAGAUCUCGGUAUGCUGGCACUUUUUGGGAUUGGAGCUUUCAUAAUGAGAGGAGCUGGCUGCACAAUUAAUGACAUGUGGGAUAAGGACAUUGAUGGAAAAGUAUCAAGAACAAGGGAUAGGCCUUUAGUAACAGGAGAAAUUACAGAGAAGCAAGCAUUAGCUUUUCUUGGUGGUCAGUUGAGUCUAGGACUUUUAGUUCUCUUACAGCUCAACUGGUAUAGCAUAUUUCUUGGUGCUAGUUCCUUAGGCUUAGUUAUUGUUUAUCCGUUAAUGAAAAGAAUAACUUACUGGCCUCAAUUUAUUUUGGGAAUGACUUUUAACUGGGGAGCUCUGUUAGGUUGGUCUGCAAUUCAGGGUUCUUGUGAUUGGUCCGUUUGCUUGCCUCUUUAUGCAGCUGGUAUUUGCUGGACCAUUUUGUAUGACACAAUUUAUGCACAUCAAGACAAAGCUGAUGAUAUUUUACUGGGUAUAAAGUCUACUGCACUAAAAUUCGGGGAUAAGACAAAGCUUUACCUUACAGGCUUCAGCUCUAGCAUGAUUGCGAGCUUGCUUGUGUCAGGCUUUUGUGCUGGUCAAACUUUACCAUAUUAUUUAUCUGUGGGACUUGUUGGUACUCAUUUACUUUACCAGCUUGAUUCACUGGAUAUCAAUGAUCCCAAAAAUUGUGCCAAAAAUUUCAUUUCUAAUCACACAGUAGGGAUGAUACUAUUUGCUGGUAUAAUCUUGGGAACCUUAGUCAAAGAAUCGAAAACCAACAAAUUAUUAGAAGGAGACAAACUUAAAGCUAUUGAAACAAAUAAUGUUUUGCCUAAAGAUUGUGGUCAGAAUGCGAUAAUGCACAGAAGCCAUUGUAAAUAUAUAUUUUUAAGAUGAAGUCGAAUAAAUAAACCAAAGCAAAUUUCUUUGCGGUGCAAAGUGUAAAAUAAAAUAAAUUCUAUGUAAUUAAAACGAUUUAUUAUGAAAA